CUGAGCGGUGUUGAUGAAGAGGAGGACUCCGCUGAAGGAACGUCCUCGCAGAUGGAGGCAUCCAAAAGAGCUGAACUCCUCGCCUCCAUCAAGUUGAAGGCAUUUGGAGAAGCAGCCGAGAUGUGUAAGUCCAGACGUCACCGUCAGGUGGAGGUGGAUGUCCCCGUCAGUGAGGCGGAGNCAACCAAAAGGAAGUCAAACGUCAAACACUAA